AACACGCGCGUGACGCAGUGACAGAGGCGCUGGCUCUUUUUACGAGGUGCCCGAUCUACGUAGCUUUCUGCUUCCCCCGAUUCGUAGCUUUUUCUAACCCCUCCCCCUGUUAUUUUCCGUUCGGCUUUACGGCUCCGUAAACGUCACCGAGGAUCUGAUCCCCGAGUACUAAUUGCUGCGGGUAGCUCCAGUGCUAGUGAGUGCGCCUGACAGACGGUGAUCAGCAGAUGGUGCCACGCGGCGGUGCGGGCCUCUGAUUGGCUGGACAUGUUGCGCCGCGCGUUAGGGGCGGUGACGGUGGGCGGAGUUCGCCUCUUACUGGGGUCGGCAGCAGCAGCCACUAAGAGUCGGGUGUCUUCAGUGACAGUGAGAUUGUGGAGCGCCCAGUUCUACAGCAGCAGCAAGCAGACGGUUGCAGCCAUGCCCGAAGUAGACACAGACCUGCUGGAUGAGAAGCAGGUUCAGCUGCUGUCAGAGAUGUGUAUUCUUAUUAAUGAGGAUGACAAAAAGAUUGGUGCAGACACAAAGAAAAACUGUCAUCUCAAUGCAAACAUUGACAAAGGUUUACUUCACCGAGCCUUCAGUGUCUUCUUAUUUAAUACUGAAAAUAAACUGCUGUUACAGCAACGAUCAGAUGCAAAAAUCACAUUUCCAGGUUGUUACACAAACACUUGCUGCAGUCACCCACUCAACAUCCCAUUGGAAACAGAGGAAGAUGCAAUAGGGGUGCGGCGAGCGGCACAGAGACGUUUGAAAGCUGAGCUGGGAAUUCCUAUGGAGCAGGUAACACCAGAUGAACUUCACUAUCUAACAAGGAUCCAUUACAAAGCUCAAUCAGAUGGCAUCUGGGGCGAGCAUGAAAUAGACUACAUCCUAUUUGUACAAAAGGAUGUUACACUUGAUCCAGAUCCUAAUGAAAUCAAAAGCCAUUGCUAUGUAUCAAAAGAGGAACUGACUGCGUUACUAAAAAAGGCUAAACAAGGGGAGGUGAAGAUCACACCGUGGUUCCAGCUCAUUGCGGACACUUUUCUUUACAAGUGGUGGGACAACCUGGAGAAUCUUAAGUCUUUUGAGGAUCAUAAUGAAAUCCAUCGAAUGUGAGCAGCACACUGUAGAGCCAGUACUGUAUUGUAGUACUGUAUUGCAUGCAGUGACGCUACUGCUACAGGACCACUGAAAUUUAGGAUAGGGGAACAACAUCUUUAAUGUCUAAAUUGCUCUCCUUUUUAGGCAGAAGAUUAAUGGUUAUUGGGUACAAAUAAGAGAAAUUGAGUUUUAAACUUGAAUUCACACUUUAAUAUAACAAAACUGUACAAUUCUUGUUUAAUAAAUGUGUGCCAUAAUAACAA